UAAGUCACGGAUGAGGAAAGAGUACGCAUGCUCGACUGUGACUGGGUUCCCGACUAAGCAUGCAACUCAUCCAAUCUAUCCUGUAGUAAUUGCUUGGUACAAUGAACGCAUCACUUCGACUGUCUGCAGUGUGACGACCACAUCUCAAGCCGCUGGGCUAUGCUUCGUCCAGAACUCAAGACAUCAGCCACCACCGGCGGACGGUUUGAUUUCGACGACGGCGGAACAUACUGCGGUGGCUGGGAAGAUGGUAAAGCACACGGACACGGAGUAUGCACUGGUCCGAAAGGUCAAGGAGAAUACAGUGGUUCUUGGCAUUAUGGAUUCGAGGUAUCUGGCGUAUACACAUGGCCGAGCGGUAGCACUUACGAAGGACAAUGGCAAAACGGAAAGAGACACGGUCUGGGUAUGGAGAGCCGCGGAAGAUGGAUUUAUCGCGGAGAGUGGACACAGGGUUUUAAGGGUCGUUAUGGGGUCAGACAGAGCAUAUCUUCCGGAGCUAAGUACGAAGGAACGUGGGCUAAUGGCUUACAAGACGGAUACGGAUCGGAAUCUUAUGCCGAUAAUGGGACAUACCAAGGACAAUGGAUGAGAGGCAUGAGGCACGGAUACGGAGUGAGAACCAGUGCGAAUUUCGGUCUGGCGUCGCAUCAUCGACAGAAGGCGACGACGGGUACAUCUUUGUCAUCACUUCCGACCGAACCCGUUGUGGACGUCACAAGCGACAGAGACAGAAAAAUGGACGAUUUUCGAGGAGGUUUCGUUUUAAAAUCUCGUAGCGACGAACCUCCGGCGAGAAGACGUUCCUUGGUCGAAAAAUCGACCAAUUUUAAAAAAUCGAUACUACAGGGUCUCCGACUAAAGAAACAACGAAGUACCGGCGACAUCGAUCGACGUGGAGUGAGUUCUGUUAGAAGUUCUGGUUCGAAUUUGAGUUCGGCCAGUUCGGAAUCUAGUCAGUCUGGCCUAACACAAACAUCCGUCCAUACAGACAGCAAUGCUAGUUUUGUCAGUCAAGAUGAUAUAAUAGAUUCCAACGUUAUCGAAACUUACAUGGGAGAAUGGAAGAAUGACAAGAGAUGCGGUUUUGGUAUAGCCGAAAGAUCCGACGGUUUAAAAUACGAAGGGGAAUGGUACAACAAUAAAAAAUAUGGUUACGGUGUUACCACGUUGAAAGACGGAACGAGAGAGGAAGGAAAGUACAAAAACAACGUACUGGUGACGUCGGGAAAGAAAAAGCAUCUGUUCCUUCUCAGGUCUGCGAAAUUUAAGGAAAGAGUAGAAGCAGCCGUUAAUGCUUCUAUCAGAGCUUCGCAGAUUGCAUUACAGAAAGCCGAUAUAGCCAUAUCUAGGACAGCAACUGCUAGAGGUAAAGCAGAGCAAGCGGAUGUUAGUGCACUCCACGCUCGAGAAGAUAUGGAUAUUGCCAGACUUGUAGCUAAACAAUUUGCACCUGAAUUUCAUCAACCAGGUACUGAUGCUCUGAAACGGAAACUGAAUGAAAGUCGCGAGCCUUCGGAGGCUAGACAUCACAUUCCUGCUAGAGAACAAACUCCAAUCCUUCAACACCAACAUUAUCCUCCGACGCCUCAUCAAUAUUCUAAUCAACACCUCUCUCAAGUACCUCAUCAAUAUUCUAAUCAACAUCAGUCACAACUUCACUAUCCCAAUCAACAUCAUACUCAAGUACCUAACCAGUACUCAAAUCAGCUUCAAACUCAAGUACCAAAUCAAAACCAAGUACACAACCAAUAUCCCAAUCAAUCGACGCACCAUUUCCAACGCAAUAGACCUUCGUAUUUACAAGCAACAAGGGAGAGCAGGUAUGGAAUAAGUAGUCUGGAAAAGCCAACAAUUAAUCAUCCAGAUAUCCCUCAGAAAAAUGUGAAUGUGAACUAUUUAGAUCCUUUAAAUUCGAAUAAACAGGACCAAGCACGAAUCGAUCCUUCAGAAAGAAUUCAGCCUCCAGGAUCGGUGCGCAGAAAUCCUAGUUACCGUGCUGCAGCUGGAGAUCCCCAUUAUACUAUCCAACAAGCCCUCAAUGAUCAUUUCGAUCAUUAUCAAUACGAUGCCAAGCAACAAGGUACUAGAAAACCCCGCGCCAUUCCUUCUUCACCUAUAAAACUCGCCACUAGUGCCAUUCCCUCGCAAAGACAAGGUACCGGUUACGGUGCUGAUUGUACUCCAGAUUCUGGUGUAUCCGAAAGUAUGGACAAUGAAGAAUCCUCACCAUUGCGUAGACGUAUCAAUGUGCCUCAACAUAUGUAUACAGAAGCUCAAUCCAGUCUGUUGAGUGUUGCACCUAGUGAUAUCAGCGAUCGGGGUAGCACACCUAGCCUGAUUAGUAAUGCACAACAAGUUCAUGAAGAGGAUAUACAACAGAAUUUUACCCCACUUACCGGACCUCAAAGGACAGCAUCCUUGUAUAUUAAGCCCCCUAGCAAAAUAAAACCUCCGCCACAAGCAGUUCCCGCCAAUAACGUUUCGGCGCUAAAACGAAAGAAAAGUCUUCCAAAUAUUGCAAAACCUACUGAGAAAUUGAAAGUUAUGCCUCGAGAAGAGGUAUCUGUUCUUAGUUCGAUAAGAAGAGAAGAAAUGAGAAAAGAACAAGCAACUGCUGAAAGAUUGCGUUCUAAUCCGUUGUUAUACCUUGUCAAUCCUGACGUUAAGGAUUGGUUCUCCAGACAGCAGCUGGUUAUGCUGGUGUUAUUUGUCAAUAUUAGUUUAGCUAUUAUGUUUUUCAAACUUCUAACUUAGCCAUCCCAGAUUUUGGAGCUGGAUUCUUCAAUAAAGAUUAAAGAAAAGAGUCGGUUAUAUUCGAGAAGUUGAUCACCCUGUAAUGCCAAUCAUGUGCAUCAAUUUUUCCAUUCUAUGUAUAAAUCUAGGUGGUUAACAUCAAACUCCUCGAAUAUUGUAUAUGAGGUUUUUUAUAAAUUGCUGGCUCUUGAAAUUUUUGAGAGUGAAACAUUUUUAAGUUACAGACUGUACAGUUUGUUGCCUUUUUUGUCUGUAUAUUUCUCCCCCCUCUGUUAAAUUUGCAUUUUAAAAUUUGUGAUGAUCAGAUUGGUGAUGAAAUAAAAAGAUUUUCCUAUUAUAAUAUUGUUAGAAAUUACAGCUAUUCCUAAAAAAUUUGCAGUUAUAUUCCCAAAUACGUCCAAUAUGGGAGAAAACAAGAAUAUUUGUACUAUGACUGUGAUCACGUGGGACAUAUCUUAUGAUGUUAUUGGGUAAGGGAAAGUGUCUUUUUGUUAACUGAGUACAAGCAGUGCCACUUUUUAUUAGUUAAUGAAUGAUAUUACUGCCAAAAUUUCAGCUGUAAUUGUUGCUAUUAUAAUGUAUGAUAUAAAUCAAAUCAUUUAAAAUCAAAACUCUGUAUUCCUGCUUGAUAUGUCGCUUGUCUUUGUGUUUUUCUAAUUGCAUGGAAUGUUGCAGCAAGUGUGACAACCCUUCUGGAAUUCAAAAAGCUUCUGUGUAGCAAAUACAAUUGUCAGAAAUUUUGUCAACAGAAAUAUUAUUUGAAAGCCAUUAUGAAAUGCAAUAUAUACAUAUAUAUACAUCAUCAGUAACAAUAUUGCACAUUUCCAUUAUGUGUCAUUUGUUUUUUCUUUUUAGCAUAUGUUAUGAUUCGUACCAGGAAAAUUUGUGCAAAAGUAUUUUUAAAAAGAAAAUAAUAUAUUAUAAAUAUAAAAUAUAUACUUGUGUAUGUAUACCUUUUAAAACUUUUCUAAAUGCAUCACUAAAAUGUUACAAACUGUACACUGUACUUUAAAUUAUUUAAAUUUGAUCAAAUUAGAAAAAUGUGUAGUUUAUUUGAUUUAUAUAGUAGUUAUAUAUUUUCUGUAUCCUUCCAUUCUGUAUCAAAACUAUUGCAUGUCUAAAAUUAUGUCCGAAUUUAUUAUGGAUGGAUGUGUCAGUGAGCAUAAAAACUGCUAGAAAUUUUUAUAUCUUUCAGUGAAACUGAACUAUUUCUUCAUAUUUCCAUAAUUAUCUAAAAUCUUACUAUAAAUUUCUCCUUGUACAGUGAUAUUUAUACACUGUUAAUAAUGUGCUACAGAUCUCUAUUAAUAGAGUUUUGUGUGAUGAGAAUAAAUUGCACAUUUCAGUUUU